AUGUUUGGCCUCGUGGGGUAUCAGAGGAUCUGCGUGAAGAGCGGUAGCCCCAACAGUGGGGCUGGUCUUUUCUGCUAUUCUGGCAAGCAGACAUGUGGGACAAACGGUGGCCCUUCAAAUAGCAAGGUGGACCAGACAGUUUGCACCAAGUGGGCAGCUCCAGACAAAUUCUGCGUCGUAAGCCUGGCAACUAACAACAACAACCCAAACAACAUCCAAGACCUGAGCAACUUUGCUGUUCAGUUCGGCUGCUGCGAUGGGAGUGGAGGCGUGGUGGGAGAUCCGCACAUCCACACUUUGGACGGAAAUGAGUUCGACCUCUACGACAAAGGAACCUAUUCCGUGUCACUGUGGACUGUCCAGGGCUUGCUCUUGGUGGACAAGUCCAAGGGCCGCUUCCGCCAGGCUCUGGAGCUGACGUCAGAGGACUGCCAGUGGCGUAGCAAGACAGGGCAGGAGUCCUGGUCCGUCGUCGAGCAGAAUGCAUCUUUUCAGAAUGGCGCUAUCAACGUGCGGGUGUCCCCGCAGAAAGCCUUCGAGGCCAAGCUCCUGACCGGCCAAAUCCAAGCCGGGAAUUCCAAAACCCAGGAGAGAUUCCCAGUGGAGGAGACUUGGGAAUCUUUAGGUGGAAGUGACAGCGCCGCCUCCUUUUUGAAGGAGAAGAGCAAAGAGGAGAAGCCCGUGCUGGUGACCUCCUGCACGGGAGAUGCCAAGAAGGAAGCGGAAGCCACCUGUGUGGAACACCUUGGAGAGGAGGCGCGGGAAUCUGAGGGGCCUUUCUUUGAAGAUUGCGUCUUCGAUGUUUGCCGGGGAGGGGAGUCAUUUGCGAAAGCAGCAGCAGAACUGCGUUCGCUCAUGUAA